AUGCAGGACAAUUACAUUUUCUCCUUAUAUAAUCUUUUUGCCUAUUAAAAAUGGCUGGCUUUUUAGGAAAUAAGGGAUUAAAACUAAUUAAAACUUUAUUCGUUCAUUGUACUUUAGAUAGAACUCUACCAUUAAAAUACAGAAGUUGAGAAGAAAAACAAAUAUUGUAGUUUAUUUGUAGGAUGAAUUCUUUUCUUGAUAUAUAACAAAGGGAAUUCUUGUAGUGCUGUCAUAAAGAGAAAUACAUGCUUUUGGAAGUAUUUGUUCUGGUAAUAUCAGUAAGUUCAGUAAAGCCUAGAGAUUUCUGGAGCACUCUGCUGGCUCCUGAAGCCAGGAGUGUAUUAUGAUUUACUGGCUUCUCUCUGUUUCAUUUGAUGAGCUGUCCUAGGGAAAAAAAAAAACAUUUUCAAGUAAUAAAGCAUCCAUUUGGCUUCUAAGUAAUGAGAGAAGCAUUGCUUUUUGCAUUAACUAUUUAUUCAGGAAGAGGAGAGACCAACUGUUAAUGAGCUCUAUCAAAAGAGAGUAGUAGAAAACUGAAGGAAAGAACUAAGUGAAAUGCCUUUCAAUUCCAUAUGCAGUUAAAAAAAAAUCCCCAAAGCUGAAAGGUUUGAACUACUUGCCCAUGUGACUGGUAGCCUGCUGCACUUGACAGUUUGGGCAGAUAUAUUAAAGUGUAACUGAACUUAAUGAGGUACUGCAGGGCCCAAAUCAACAGCAGAGAAAGUCUGGCAGUGACUGGAUAAUCACCCCAUUCAGGAGAUUGGUAUUGUGUGCUGAAAACAGAAAGGAGAUGGAAGACUGGAUUAGUUUACUGAAGUCUGUACAGUCAAGGGAACUUUAUGAGGCGGCACAGUUUAACGUGGAACAUUUCUCAGGGAUGCAUAACUGGUAUGCCUGCUCCCAUGCUCGACCUACCUUUUGUAAUGUAUGCCGAGAGAGUCUUUCUGGCGUUACUUCCCAUGGCCUGUCUUGUGAAGUGUGUAAAUUUAAAGCACACAAAAGAUGUGCAGUGAGAGCAACAAAUAACUGCAAAUGGACCACUCUAGCUUCCAUUGGGAAAGACAUCAUUGAGGAUGAAGAUGGUAUAGCCAUGCCCCAUCAGUGGUUAGAAGGCAACUUGCCCGUCAGUGCCAAAUGUGCAGUCUGUGAUAAGACCUGUGGCAGCGUCCUACGUCUCCAAGACUGGAAGUGCCUUUGGUGUAAAGCUAUGGUACACACUGCCUGCAAAGAUUUGUUUCCUUAUAAAUGUCCACUUGACCAAUGUAAGGUAUCUAUCAUACCCCCGAUUGCACUGAACAGCAUAGAUUCUGAUGGAUUUUGGAAAGCAACAGCUCCACCAUGUCGUGCUAGCCCUCUUUUGGUAUUUGUCAACUCUAAAAGUGGAGAUAAUCAGGGAGUAAAAUUUCUCCGUCGAUUUAAACAGUUGUUAAAUCCGGCUCAGGUGUUUGAUUUAAUAAAUGGAGGACCUCACUUGGGCUUACGAUUAUUUCAGAAGUUUGACAAUUUCCGGAUUCUUGUAUGUGGAGGAGAUGGAAGCGUUGGUUGGGUUUUGUCGGAAAUUGAUAAACUCAGCUUGCACAAACAGUGUCAGCUGGGAGUCUUACCCUUAGGUACAGGAAAUGACCUCGCUCGAGUUCUUGGCUGGGGUGGUUCAUGUGAUGAUGAUACCCAGCUACCACAGAUAUUGGAGAAGUUGGAAAGAGCCAGUACAAAAAUGCUUGACAGGUGGAGUAUAAUGACAUAUGAACUCAAAUUGCCAACAAAGCCUUCUAUCCUUCCCAUCACUCCAGAAGAGGAAAAUGAGGAAUCUCAUAUGUCAUCUUAUGAAGACUCAGUUGCCGCUCAUCUUGCAAAAAUCCUCAAUUCUGAUCAACACUCGGUGGUCAUAUCAUCUGCUAAGAUUUUAUGUCAGACCGUAAAGGACUUUGUUGCUAAAGUAGGGAAGACGUAUGAAAGAACAGAGGAAAACAGCGAUGUAGCAGAUGCCAUGGCCAUUAAAUGUGCAAUAUUAAAUGAAAAACUUGACCAACUACUGCAAACUUUACAUGCGGAAGCUCAGACAGUCCCAGUAUUUAAACAUCACAGCACUUCCAAUGUUGAAGGAGAAUCUGUGGACUUUUCAAGUGAAGAAUCCUUAUCUGAAAGCAAGGGGCGCAUUGUGGAGGGUGCCCCAAAGAUUCCAGCACAGAAAACUUUCAAGCCAAAGGAAUUAAUGUUGAGAGCAAACAGUUUGAAGAAAGCAGUGAGGCAAAUUAUCGAACAGGCUGAAAAAGUUGUAGAUGAACAGAAUAUUCAUACUGAUGAAGAGGGUAACCUGUUGUCAACUCCCCUGGAUGACAGUAGAGAAACAGAAUAUUCUAAAGAAGAUAAAGAAGAUGAUGGAAAGGAAUAUCCAUCUGUUAAAAUUGCACCUCGGUCCCCAGAUACAUGUAUCAACCAAAGCUGUUCUCAACCUAUCUCAAUUUCUGGUCCAAUAUUGACAUCCAACAAAGAAAAUCUUCCUGUGCUUAAUACCAGAAUAAUUUGUCCAGGUUUAAGAGCAGGAUUAGCUGCUUCAAUUGCUGGGAGUUCUAUUAUCAGCAAAAUGUUAUUAGCAAAUAUUGAUCCCUUUGGUGCUACGCCAUUUAUUGACCCAGAUCCAGAUUCACUAGAAGGAUAUUCAGAAAAAUGUGUCAUGAACAAUUACUUUGGAAUUGGAUUAGAUGCAAAAAUUUCAUUAGAGUUUAAUAAUAAGCGAGAGGAACACCCUGAAAAAUGCAGAAGCCGAACUAAAAACAUGAUGUGGUAUGGGGUCCUUGGAACCAAAGAGUUAUUACAAAGAACCUAUAAGAAUUUAGAACAAAGAGUUCAACUUGAGUGUGAUGGACAGUAUAUUCCCCUUCCUAGUCUACAGGGAAUAGCAGUGUUGAAUAUCCCAAGUUAUGCUGGAGGUACUAAUUUCUGGGGCGGAACUAAAGAAGACGACAUAUUUACUGCACCAUCAUUUGAUGACAAGAUACUGGAGGUCGUUGCAGUAUUUGGUAGUAUGCAGAUGGCAAUGUCCAGAGUCAUCAAACUACAGCAUCACCGAAUAGCUCAGUGUCGGUCUGUAAAGAUAACCAUACUUGGAGAUGAAGGGGUGCCAGUUCAAGUAGAUGGAGAGGCAUGGAUCCAACCUCCAGGGAUUAUUAAAAUUGUGCACAAAAACAGAGCUCAGAUGUUAACAAGAGACAGAGCUUUUGAAAAUACCCUUAAAUCUUGGGAAGACAAACAAAAGUAUGAUGCUUCUAAGGUACCCUCCCGACCUCAGUUAUAUCCACCACAAGCUAUUGAUUUAGCAACAGAAGAGGAAGUUACACAGAUGCAACUCUGUUCACAGGCUGCAGAAGAACUUAUUACUCGAAUCUGUGAAGCAGCAAAAGUACACAGUCUUUUGGAGCAAGAAUUAGCUCAUGCUGUGAAUGCAUGUUCCCAUGCCCUGAAUAAAGCUAAUCCAAGAUUUCCUGAGAGUCUUACCAGAGAUACUGCCAUCGAAAUAGCUGUCAAUGUGAAGGCACUAAAUAAUGAAACAGAGUCUUUACUAAUUGGGAGAGUUCCUUUGCAGUUGGAAUCUCCUCAUGAAGAACUGGUAUCCAAUGCUUUACAUGGUGUGGAGGUGGAAUUGCAGAAAUUAGCAGAGAUUCCAUGGCUUUAUUGCGUCCUACAUUCAAAUGAUGAUGAGGAUCCUCCUUUGGAUUAUACAAAAAGAAACAAAAGCACUGUAUUUCGCAUUGUACCCAAAUUUAAGAAGGAGAAGAUCCAGAAGAUGAAGGCGAACCCACUACCUGUUCAAAAGUGGGGCACAGAUGAAGUUGCUGCUUGGCUGGAUCAGCUCAAUUUGGGAGAGUACACAGAAAUCUUCAUCCGCCAUGACAUCCGAGGGGCUGAGCUUUUGCACCUGGAAAGGCGAGAUCUUAAGGAUCUGGGGAUAACGAAAGUGGGUCAUAUGAAGCGAAUUCUUCAGGGAAUUAAAGAGCUAGGAAAGAGCACUCUGCUGUCUGAGGUGUAAUCCUACUGGUGCUAAUUCUUGAAAGAGGGAAAAUUACUAGUAAAUGCAAAAUUAUUGGAGGCAGUUUGCUCUCCUCGUAGUUUACUGUGUGGAUAAAAAAGCACUAGUGCACCCCAAGUAGGUGGGUUUAUUUAUGUUGUGGAUGAGAAGCUUGGUUGGAGGUAUUAAAAAAGAUUUUGUGCCAAAAAAAAAAAAUAGCACGUUUUGGGAGGCCAUUUUCUUAUUUUGUGGACCUGGCAUGUUCAAUGUGCCUCAAUACUGAGGAAAAUAUAGGAGCACAGUAAGCUACAGUGUUUGAAAGAUGAAAUUGUGAAGUGGAAAAUGUCCUUAAUCCUGGCCUAAUGUGGCUUUCCUACAAUGCAACAACAUAUCAUUAUGUGGAGACAGGUUUCAUUUUGGCUGAUCUGAGGCAGAACUUCUUCCUUGGAAUCUCUAUUCAGAGGAAUGAGAUUUAAGUCUUACGGAUUUGUAUGUGAGAUUGAUAAUGCCUCAAGAGACCGCCAUUCAGUAGUCAAGGAAAUAUAGUUAACUCCACAAAUACUGGGGGUACAAACUACAGUGCACGAUGUUCCUGCCUGAACUGACUUUUUUUGUUGCAUGACACAUCUAAUACUUUUAACACUUGAACAACCUCAAUAUUAGUUUUUAAAAGAUUUAAUUUAUUACUCCCCAAAUAUAUAUAUUUUUGUUGUUUUUUUCUGUUGUUUAGUGUUUUAUUUUACCUAAACAUCCUGUGGUUAAGAACUUGUAGAUGUGAAUACAUUGUGUUUGUGCCAUAUUCAACACCAAUGUACAUUUAAUGUAAGCUAGUUUUCUUUCAGUAAAUCACGUGCAGUAGGUAUAUCAGUAAAGAAAUGUCUCUCAUCUUACCUAUUGUAUCAAAAAACUAAUACCUGGCUCUCCAAAUGAAAAGUCCUAUCAAAAAGUUCAUUUAAAUUAAAAAUUAUUUCCUGUUCCAUCUAGGAUGUAUAACAUAUCUUUGGCAUAUUUAUCAUACACAUUUCUUGUAAAAAUAUUUUUUCAGAGAUUUAAAAAAUAUUUAGCUAUGGUAUUUGUAAUCAUCUUCUAUGUGACACAAACAGAUAGGGUAUUAGCCCGGUGCUAUUUCCAUAUUGUACCAUGGGGCUACCUAAUAAAUGUCAAAGAAAAGCAACAAUUUAACCCCGAUAUAAUCUUGAGAUACCAUUUUAUUGACUUUCUAAACAUUUGUUUGCCAAAUACAUACACAAAAUAAUUCAUACAAAAGCAACUAAAAUGAAAUCUCUUCAAAAGUAAAGACUGGUUAAGUUUUUGAUACUUUAUCCUUACUUGUGACUUGUGCAUAUUGUGGUUGAUGAAAUCAUGAAACUCCGAUUCAGUAGAUUCAUUCAUCAUUCUCUGAGUGUCUAUUAAAAAAAAAAAGUCCACUGGGUUCCUGGCUAGCAGACUGUUCUAUUAUAUCACAUAUCUGUACUUAAUUCUUUCAUUUCUAAUUUAUGAACAUAUCUUAAUUUCUGCCAAAAUUUUUGUUUACUGUGUUAAAAAGAAAGAAUCGUGAGAGGUAAUUCAAAGAAGGAUUUUUAAGUCAAAAAGCUAAAACUGGUUUUUAAGCAUGAUUUGAUCAUUGCCUAAUGUGCAUUAUAUGAUUCCACAAUGACACAUGCAAACAAAACCCUUUGCUCCAACCCCAUUUCUACUCUUACGCUUCUUUAUGAUCUAAGCACUUUCCUGUUAGUUUGCAAAAUAAAAGAGAUGGAACCAAAACUUCACAACUCUUAUAUCAGAGGUGCCUCUCAUGCUAAACCAAAAAGAGAGAAAGAGAAAGCUACCUUGGAAAAUAAGAAGUUUGAGCUACAUUUAGCAAAACUAAAUAAAAAAGCUAAAUAAAAUAAAAAUAAAAUUUAGCUUUUAAGAAAAGGAAGAUUUUCAAGCUCUUAUAUAUUAAGCAAUGCACAAAUAACUUAGUGUUUUAAAAAUAAAUUAUUGUUAAAUUUUGCUUGACAUUGACCCCUUUAAUUUUAAGUGUUAUAUGUGAUAUCUCUAUGUGAUCUCUAUUUUUGACCAGUAAAAUCUCAUUUACUUAUAACUUCAAAAUUAGAACUAAGAUUUGUGCUGCAAUUGUCUUUUAGAAGACUCGUCUCCCAAAAGCAACUUUGAUGUUAGUGAUUUAAUUUUAAAAAUAAAAUUGGAGCAUUACUCCUUGUCCAUGUGCAAAAUUUCCUGAGCCCAAUUCAAUACACGAACAGCCCAGCUUUUCUGGGUUCCCAUAAGCUUGAUUGGGGGAGCCAGCUUUCUUUGGCUAGUAAGGUACAGAAAAGAAGGCAAACCCUUUAUAGUUUAUAGGUAGGAUAUUAAAGUAGGUUUGUGGAAUGAAGGGGAAGAUGUUUUCACUCCGAUUCAUACCAUGACUUGGACAUAAAAAGUUUAUUUCCCCUAACAGAGCUGGUUGAAUUACCAUCACUGCCAUUGUGGGCCCAAACUUCCUCUGAUACCCUCACCCCCACCCCUUCAAGUGCUUAAGGAUGCAACAGAAUGUGAAGCCCUGCCUUUGGUCAAUUUUUACAAAAUGGGAGGCUAGUUUCCAUUUGUUCUUUAGGACUAAAAGAGAGCAGAAGAGCAAAAUUUUAAAAUAAUUUUUUUUCAUUCAAUGUAUAUUUUUCCAAUGAAAUAUUCAUAUAGGAAUGAAUCUUUUGGCAACAAAAGACCAUAGUAACUUUUUUGUUUUUGAUUUAAACAUGCUUGUGUGCUUGGCUUUACCUUACAUUUAAGACUACAAAGCAAUUGUGCAUUGAAAAGUUGGAAAGUUUUAAGUGGUAGCAAUUAAAAUCACAUUUUGCAUGUAAACCCUUCAAAGAAAGAAAUAAUGAACUAAACAAGGAUAUUUUGUUUUGUAGUGUACUGUUUUAAUUCUGUAAAAUAGUACUUCAUAAAUUAAUGGUACCUUGAAAGAGUACUCUGAAAGUUAACUCACUGCUUCCCUAAUUUCAGUCACAUAAUUUCAUAUAUGAUAUAUUUUAUUGUUUAUUAUGUAAUCAGGUAUCUUUCCAAAAUCCACUUAGUUUAAGAAAUGCUUUACUUAUUAGUGUUUAUGUAUAGGUUAUUAUUUACUAAAAAACAUUGCCAAAGAUGCACUAGCCAUUUUAGUGCCUAAGUGGAACUACUUUAGGCUGUUUUAAUUAUGUGUUGGUUCAGGAAAACAACUAUAAUGCAUACUGUGACUUAAUUCUAUUUGAUAUUAAUUCUACACAUGAUUUCAAAGCAUAUUCAGAACAAUUUCUUAUUGAGAAGUCAAUGUUUUAAACUUUCAUGCUAUAUAGAUGUGAAUUCACUACAGGAUGUAGCUAACUAAUUAUGCACUGAAAAAAUCUUUCAAUCUAAUAAAUGCUUCUGUCUACUCUCCCUAAAUAUCUUGCCUAUGCACCUUGAAAAUGCAUGGAGAAUAAAGUUAUAAUGUUAGACAAUGGUUAUGCAAGUGAUAAUGAAUGAAGGAUGGUCCAAACAGCUCUCAGAAUUUAGAGAUUUACUACUCCUCAUUCUUCUAGUGCUAUGUAAAUGUCUCUGUGUGUGUGUGGGGGGAGGGCAUGUUUAUUAUGAGGAAGAAUUAUGGGUGGGGUGAGGGUAUGCGUGAAAGAGUGUAAAAUUUAAUUGUAUUGUUUUUAUGAAUUCUUAUUGAUUUUUCUUCUCUCUGUACAGUAUUUUUAAUUGUGCUUUCCCCCUUUUUCUAGUAAUCAAUUCAUCCAUCAACCUCUUUAUAGGAUGGUACUAGCUACCUUUGAAUUAUAAGAAGUUUUCUUAAAGAAAUACUCUAAAUUUGAAGAAACACCAGAAUUAUUAUUAUUUGAGCAUAAGAGACCAUUAUAUUGGUUUUCACCUUAUCACUAUUAUUCUUGUUCUUGCUUUAUUAUUUUUCCUCCAAACUAAUUUUUGGGAGUAGAAAAGAAUAUAUAAAAUACAAUAUUUUGCAUUAAGAGGCAAAAGGCAGCUGUGCUUUAGUGGUUUGUUUGUCAUAUAUUCCAUUCUUUAGAGGAAAAGAACUCCUAUAUAGUCACUUCUAAUGCAUCAAAGUUCAAUUCAUUAUCAAUUUCAAGUGUAAACACUAUCUUAUUCAAUAGAAAACAAGAACUUUAUUCCAUUCACAUGUUUAACAUGCUCUAUUUACUUAUAUUUAUAUGGUGAAUUGAAUUUUUAAAAAUUACCUUUCAAAAUCUCGUUGAAAAAAAUCGAAAUUAAAAACAAGCCAUAAUGUUAAGAUUGUUCUCCCUAUCCAAACACAUUUUUAAAUAUUGUUUUUCUAAGUUAUAAAAGUUGUGUGUGUUCUAUGUAAAACAUGGUAAAUUAUCUAUUUGAAAUUGCAUUUCAGAGUAAAUUAAUGAAAUCUAGAGGAAGGUAGUACUAAUUCUACUAUUCAUUAAAAUACAUGAGUUUGAUACUCGGUAAAAUAAAAUAUGACAUGUAAGCUGAUAAGGACAUAGAAUAUAUUUUGUUUGUGAUCCUUCAUGUUUGAUUGCACUAUUAAUGUUUACCACUGUUUAUUCAUAUCUAUAGUUGUACCUCUAAGUAUUAAACUUAUGAAUAGCUAAUUUUUUUUUACAGUUCUGGUAACUGGUAAUUAGUGAUAUAGAAGAUUUUGAUAAGUGUAACAGUUACAGUUUUAUGAAAGAGAUAUUGUAUAUUAAGAUAAUAAAUUGGAGUAAUAUAAUUUAUCCUGUACCUAGGAAAAUACAUGAUAAUUCCAAAUUGUCAAGUUAUAAAUUGGUUAUUUGUCCUGUUUCAGAAGUGAGUUUGAAGUCUCACUUUCACAUUAUAUAGUGUAUUUAUACAACAGGCUUUUCCUUUUACUGAUUUUGGGUUUUUUUCCUAAUGAGUGUUUUGCUGUGAUUUUUAUAUCAGAAUAUUAUCAUGCUGCUCAUUCAAACUGCAAAGAUUUAUUCUGUUUUGCAGUAAUUUUAAGCAGAUGAAAUAUUUGAGUAACAAAUAGCUUUAUAUAUUUGGUUAACUUUGGGGCAAUUUUAAAUUUUAAUAUUCUGUUUUUGAAAAGGGAAAAAAAGAGCAAAUGUUGACAUCAAUAGUAGUGAUGAUAGACUGCAUUAACAAGAUAAUAAUCAGUAGAAGGCUUUACCAGUUGUAUAAAUCAAUGUAUUUAUCUCUAUAAAAAUAUAUAAACAAACUUGAUCUUUUAUACAAAAAUGCAUUUUCUAGUUCUUUUAUACUGCUGUUGCUUACUUGUUAAUAAUGCUGUUAAUUUGCUUACAUACUUGAAGCACUCAUUUCUGUGAAACAGAAGCCCAUCUUGUUCCUUUCUGAAAUCCCUUGUUAUUGGAAAGAUGACUUUGUUUCUUCUCACAGAUACAUGGAUGGCUGAAGUUAAAUAUUGCAGGCAACUAUCACUUGGAAUGUUAUUGCAGAAUUACUGCAUUUUUUAAAGUGUGGAAAAAUGAAAAAAUGUAAAUGAAUUUCAAAAAUUUAAGAAUGCUGAUGUUUUAUUCCCAUGUUCCAGGAUGUUAAUUUUUUCUUUAUCACCCAAGCAAAUUUUCUUCAAAACUAAAUUUCUGCCUGAUAUUAAUCGUCCAUCUUUAUGACUUGGGAGAAAUAAAUACUUGCACACCUAACUUAUAUACAAAUAAGCAUAAAAAAGUGUUUCCGUCUGCAGAAUAACAUGAAGACCCACUUUGGAGUGUCAUUCACAGAGUUAUUCAAAUUUGUGUUUGCAAUUUCACUAUCUGUAUAUGUAUAUAGUUUAUUUGCAUUCUUUAGAAAUCUAAGAAAUCCAUUUUGUUUUCUCAUCAAUUACCAACAAACAAUUAUAUAACUGGGUGUCUACUUGUCUUUUUAAUUAUGUUGAUACAUGUUUUAAAUAUGUUUUAUAUAAAAAUUUUGCAAGUUUUGAAAAACAAAAUUUUAAACAUUUUCAAAAAUCACAUCAUACAACCAAAACAAAAAUCUAUUCCAGGUUAGUAUGAAGUAUGUUGUGUACCUAAAUUUAGCUUUUUAUUCUUAGAAACCCUAAAGCCAGUUUAUGUCAGUUUGCUUUUAUAAGGCAACCAACAGAUUUUUAUAAAUUUCCAAACUCUUACAGAGCAUUAGGGAUAAUUUUUUAAACAAAUUAUUGUGAAUGUUUUAAAAAUAAAAAAAGACUUAGUCACAUCAUUUAUUAUCUAUUAGCAUGUAAAGUGAUGGGCAGUGACAAUUCAGUUAUCAGCCAUUAUUAUUAGACAAGAUAUUUUUGACACCAAGAUCCAACAAUAUUGUUUGGUUUUGUUUUGUUUUGUUUUUUUGAGGGUGCAGCUUACUACCAGUCUGCUUCUUACUGUAAUUAGCUUUCUUGCCUAGCCUUUUCUGUUUCUGUACUUCUACCCUUUGUAUUGACUUUCUCCUUAAGAAAAGACAGAAAUCUGAUUUUAAAUUUGGAAUAUAUUAGAAAUACAAUUUAUGUGUCCUGAAUGAAAAUCUAUUUACAAUUGAGGAAGAAAUGUAGAAAUCAGAAUAAAUUUUUUUGAUGGUGGUUAUGGGGUUGACCUAGAAGGCAAAAUCAUAGAAAUCAGAAUAAGCUUAUUACAAUAAUCAAAUUACCUGGUAGUAUGAAAUCAUUAUUUAUUAUUGAAUUAUUACAUAAUGAAAUGUUACCUACCACCAUAUGCUACCUGGGUGUUGCUUUAAAGGUAUCUUUACUCAAGGAUUUGAUCAAGUAUGUUCAUGUUCUUUGUUAUAAGAUAAUUUGUCUUAUAGAGUUGUGAUUGGUAUCAAAGAAAAUACCCAGAAUAGCAGAUGUUAAAAUAUAAGAAAAACUGGAUUAGAAAUGAUUGGUCAGGUAUUUUCAUAUUUCUUUUUUUCUGACUACAUUAGACUAAUGGCAAGACUGAUUAGUAGACUAUACAACAAGAAUAUAAAAUGGAUGAAAGAUUAUGAUUGUGGCCUAUUAUAAAACAGGAAGAAAUUAAGGUUCUUCCUUAAGAAAAAAAAAAGUUAAAUUUUUGAGUGGUUUCUCAACAUACAGAAUAGUGAGAUUGAAAAUUUUCAAAAUUGUACAUUUCUAAGGUUCCUUCUUCUAGCAAAUGAGACAGAAAUUCUAUUGUUACUAGCUUAGGAAAGAUGAUGGAAUAAAAACAAAAAUUAUCUAGUCUCCAGAGAAUUAUAGUAAUUGAACUGUAUAUAAAAAGAAUUUCCCCUCCAGUCAAGAAACAUAAUAGUCACUAAUUGGAAACAAACUAUAAUAUAUAAUAGUACUAUUAAUGGAGACUUGGGAAUUUUUAAUAUUUUUUAGUGACAAAUCAAAGUUCUUACAGUGCCUAUGUGUCAUUGAGACUAUUGCUGAGGUAGGGUGAGUCAUGAGUAUCUCAGGUUACAUAAAAUCUGUUACCAUUUAGACACAUACAGUUUAACAAAAAUGUAAACAUAAAAUCCAGACAACACUGGUUUUGUAUCUUUUCAAAAGAUAAAAUUUGGGAAGAACCUCAAAUUUCAUCUAAAAGUAUUAAUAUACAGUCUUAUUGUAGCUUUAAGCUAUUAGAAGACCCUGUACUUGUGUGUGUGUGUGUGUGUGUGUGUGUGUGUGUGUGUGUGUAUUUGUCACAGCUAAAAACUAAACUGAACCUUAUGUCCAAAGCAGGGAGAAAAACUUAAGUUCAUGAACUAUAGAAUAUCAAAGCUGAACAAAACUUUAAAAAGCUUUUAGUUAAGGAAUUUUUACCUUGGCAAGCUGGUGAAGUUUUAUAUAUGAAUCCCUUCUGAAAAUGAUGUUUUUAAAUGCAUAAAAUAAAAUUCAAAGGAAAAUAAAAGUUAUCAAAAAUAAAGAUGUAAUUUUUUCCCAUCAAAGUUCCUGGAUCUCCUAAAAUCAAUCCUUAUAGAUCCCUUAGAAAGAAGGGUGGGUGAAGUUAGGGGUCUGUGGACCUUAAGUUAAGAAUUCUUAGUAAGAUCUAAUCUCUAAUUUUAAUAUGAGGGAACUGAGAUCCAGAAAGAUUAUAUGAUUUGCCUAGCACAUGAUAUAAAGUAUGUCUUGAUUGAUUAAUUUCCCAAGAUCACAGUGUAAUUCGUAAAAGAGCUGAAGCCAAAAAUGAUCAAAUGUCUUUUGAUUUUAGGUUCAGCAUUUCUUCCACUCAAGUGAUGCUGAACAUUUUUUGAUAAAAGAUAGCAACUGAUUACCAAAAUGACAACUAUUUUUUUUAUCAGAAAAUACUGACAAAACUGAAUUCCUAAUUCAAUAUAUAAGCCUAUGAAACUCAUAAGUAUUUGUGAAUUUGAAACAUAUAAUUCACUGACAGAAAACAGUUAUUGUUAUUUUUAAAUUUUGGACAUUGAUAUUUGUCAUAUAUAAUAUGAAUACACAGACGUUUUACACAUUUAUCAACUAUUCAGAAUGAACAAUAUUCUAAGUGAUUUUGCAUAUUGAAGAACAAAAUGAAACAUUAAACAGAGCUUAUUUUUAAGUAAAAUGAUCUACACAUUCUGAGUCUUUAAGUUUUCUAAACACUUCUAGUUUAUUAUGACUUUUAAUUAUUAUUAAUGCCACAGUCUGGAGGCUUAGGAAGUUACAACAUCACUUAAAGACUAAAUCUGUUUCCUAUUAAACAGUUUUACUUUUGAGAUUUCUUUUUUGCAUAUGAGUUUAUUACUAAAAAGAUACUUAAAAUCAUAUUUUAAACAAGUGAGUCUUGCAGACAAAUGAGGUAUAUUUUAUUUAAAUUAACACUAAAUUCAUAAUGAAAAGCACAAUCCCCAUCUUACCCCAUCCCCUAGUAAUAAGUGUGCAUUACAAAAGACUCAUUCCAUCUUUAAGGUCAGAUAUUUUCAUAGCUUAGUGAUAGCAUCAAGAACAUUUUAAACCAUUUUUGGUUAGAAAUAUGUAGUUUAAUUUAUUUUUCCUCAUAAUUACAGAUUGUACUGAGUGAUCCAACUCAUAGUUUUUAAGUUUAAAUAUGAGUUAAAGUCAAGGUUCAUCGCAGGAAAUUGAAUUUUCUACUUCACUACAGAAACCAAAACAUAUAACAUGAAGUGUUAAUAUAUACCUAUAGAAAGAACAUAUAGUCAUAUUUCCUGAAUUAUUUCAAAGAUUUUUGAAGACAUAUAUACCAAUUUAUAGAUAUAUAAAUUACAUAUAUCUACAUAUUUACAUUUCUAAUCUACUUAUUAUGGAAUGGAAAGUAAUAACAUGUAACAUUCAGAUAAGGACACAAUUAUCCUAACAUAAAGUUAUAAUAAAUAUAUUAUCUUCAGAUUCAUGUGCAUUAAAUUAUCUAAAAUAAUCAUUCAUGAAUUUUAAGCAAAGCAUCUUUGAGCACUGUCAGUUUGGUGGGUUUUGGAUAGUGGUUUGUAUUUUUGAUGUUGUUUUCCUAAAAAAAAAAAAAAAAAGUCAUAUAUAUCUAUAUGCUAAAGGAAAAAAUUCCUAUUGCAAUUAAAAGCAUUAUUUGAACAAGCCUAAUUUGGAAUCUUUAUUAAAUGUCACCUAUUUGUAAGCUUCAUAUAACUUUUACAAAUUAGUUUUUAUCAUGUAAACCAUCUAACAAAAAAAAGAUGAAGCACACUGAUUAGGCAUGCCAUCUUUACACAAUACACAUUUGUUUUCUCUUUCAGCAAAGAUGAUCACAAACUGAGUGGAUUUCCUGUUCAUAAUCAUCUUGACAGUAUGAAAUUAAAAUGCAGUUCCUACCGACCUUUAUGCUGCAAAAACUAAUCUUUUGGUGGUAUUUCUCUUCUUUUUCAAUCUUUGUCAUUUGUUUGUUUUUAAAGAUUCACUUAUUCUAUUGUCAAACACCUAUCAGUUCACAACCAAAAGAGACAAAUUGGCUUCUCUCUAUUUCACAAUGGGCUCUGUUUGCUACAGAAAAGAGUGAAACUGUAUGUUUGGCAAAUAUGCCAAUGAAAUAUAUCUAUUAGAAGAUGAGUCAUUACUUUGACUUUUUUUGCUUUUAAUAAUUGUAAGGAAAUGUUGAGUUUUAUUUGUUUACAUACUGUUUACAAUGGCACAGUUUUAUUUUUUAAUAUAUAUAUAUGUAUACAAUAAUUGAGGUAUUUAUUGCAUACUAUUUUAAAGAUGUUUUAUGUGUUUUCACCUUUGGAAUAUAUUGUUACAUUUCCUUGUACAGAGAUUUUGGUGGCUUUGUUAAUGUAGUUAGUAAUUUUUAUGACUACUAAGUGACCAGUUUUUGGUGCCUUUUAUUGUUGGAUGCAUGAUUAUAUAUUUAUUGUAUGGAAGUCACUGAGAUGUGUAUUUUUGUACCCUGCUGGAAGCAAUGGUUGAUUUUGUUGUAUAUAAUGAUGGGAGAUAUCUCUCCUAAAGGAUCCUUACUUGAGAUCUUUCUUCUCAAAUAAACAGAAUGCAUUCA